AUGAGUUUUAUAUACCCUCUUCCAACCACCGGAACUAUUUCAUUUACUGAGUUUUUGUUAGACGAGAAUAAUUUAUAUAUAAAUGAAAUCUCUGAAGCAACUGCCCAAAGAGGUCGUGUCCGUGCUACUUUGAAGGAGGUUAAUAAAACGGACGGGCCGAAAGAUUAUAUGAAUGUCAUGAAGGUAAUCGAUGAUUAUUUGCCAUAUUUAUUUGCUAUUGUCGAUUGUCUAGAAGGAGGCCAACUAAAAUUGAAACAGGAAUUUGAGACUUCAUGGCGUUGUACACUCAGUGAUUCAGUUCUUAAAAAGAAACGAGUAAAAUGUCGAGGAAUUUAUUAUGAAUUAAUUUUCACUCUUAUGACGUAUGGAUACGCAUGUUCUAAUUGGGCGUCAAACAUCAUAGAAAAGGAAUUGCAGAAAGAUGGAAUUGAUAAUAAACUGAAACAGGCGGCGGAUAUAUUAAGUAAAGCUUCAGGUGUUUUCGCGUAUAUCUCCGAAAAUGUAUGUCCCAAAUGGAACAAGCCACCAAUUGCUCUUGCUGAUGCUUCAUCAGUUGCCAUCCGCAAAGCCCUCAUGCAACAAACAUCACCAUCUUUACUUGCAAAACUGGCUAUUGGUGUUGCGGGACAUUAUGAAAUGGCAAACGGACUCAUUAAAAGUUUAAAAGAGUCAGCAAAAGUAUGUAGUGAUUUCCGAAAGUAUGUGUCGAACGGUGUAUUGUUUCAUCAGUCACUUGGAAAGAAAUUCUUGGCUAAAGACGCUUACGACCAUCAACAAAACGGAAGAGCCGUUGGAUUUAUUACAGAAGCUAGGGAAGUAUUGCACCUAUUAACUAAAUGUAAAUCUCCCACGAUCGCAGCACAUGCGGCACAAGAGUACUCAGAAGUAAAUGAACUCUAUAAUAUCUAUGUUGGAAUAAAUGACACGGUGACGUUUCAAAUUGUUCCAAGCAAAGCAGACCUCCAGGCAUUAGUUCCCGGAGGUCGUACAGUUUUUGAUUCGGCAAAAUAUAUACCACCGGCGCCAGCUUUUGGGCCUAGGGUAAAUAGAACCAACAAGUCAGAAUCAGGAGACAUAUUAGGAGGUCGUUAUUAUUAG